CAAUCAAACUACCGCAACACCCGCCACUAGUACUACCUCUGCAACUACCGCAACCACUGCUAGUACUACUACAACUACAAGCUCCAUUAUAGAUCAGCAGUAGCAGCAGCAGCAACCUCUCCACGUAUAGUCAAGUCAGCCACCAUUUAAUUCGCUCGUCUCCCCCUUCUUCGUGUUACCCUUGUAUUUAUAACACUGCAGUAUAGAAUUCUUAAUCUACUUCUCACACGCUCCUCCACCCGAAACUCCUAACGACAACAACAACAACAACAUCAUUAGCGACAACAGCAACAACAAGGCUUUCACUGCAGGAUCGGCUUACCACGUGAUAGGUUUUUCCUACCCACCACUUUUAAGAUAGAGCAAAUAUCUCCUCUGUCCCGCACAUAGUAAGACCCGAGUUUAAUAAGAUAUUGUUUGCUGUUUUUAAAAGAUAGAAACUUCAGUUACCGAUCUUAGAAAAUUGGAUAGAUACACUUGUGCAAAGAAAGCAACUUUGAUUCUUUGGGAUUUUGCCAACUAUACUCAAGUGAACAACAUUUAAAAGAAGGAACAAUUACAUCUGGGUUCCAACAAUGGCUUCUUGUCUUCUUGUCACCGUAAUUCUCUGUGUCCUGAUAACCACUGUGACAAUAAUAGUUUCUUUCACCACACCUAGUUGGGUUCUUUAUCCAGCUUUUAGUGAUUCAAAUAUACUUUCACCGAAGGAAAUUGUAUGUCCUUGUACCACAGUGUUCCAAAGUUGUGAUUGUGGAUUAUGGCUUUACUGCAGGGAAUCAUCUUCAAUGUCGGACAAUUGCCAAUGGUUCUUGAGCAAUGAAUUUGCUCUUGAGAAAAAACUUCCAGUUUGGUUCAAGGCUGUUCAAGCAUUGAUGGCUCUUGGAGCAUUCCUCAGUCUCUUGGCUCUGAUCAUAGCACUCAGUUCCCUCUGCUGCUUCUGCAAGAGCUGUAGCUUACACCGAGUUGCCAGUGGACUCAUGAACUUCUGCUUCUUGAUCCUGUUAUCUGCUGUUUGUACAUUUGGUGCCAUGUGUCACACACAGUACGAAGUGUCACUAACCAAAGACAACAUGUUCAAUAGCACUUUCGGAUGGAGCUUCUGGCUUGCAGUCGGUGCCACUGCUAUGUCACUCCUCAGUAGUUUGCUUUAUUGUGGAGUCAGUUGUGCCGAUUCAUCAAACGCAAUCUAAAGACUCCAAUUUGAACGAAGCAGGACUGAUUUGGUACAAAUUUUAACCAUCAACUACAAACUGUCUAGCAUUUAUAUCACCAGUACCAGUCUGAUAUCUGCUAUUGACCUUUUUUGGUCGUGAGAAUUCUACCCUACAUCCUUAUCUUCUGUUUUCUAUUCUCUUAUCCAUCUUGAACUCUCCUUGGUAACCGCAGUAUAUGUGCCUGCUGCCAUUUUUGGACCAUCAUAACACUUCUGUUCUGUACUUAUAUAUUUUU